AGGAAAUGUUUUGUCCGAGCGAAUACCCCAGAGGACGAACACUGCAGCAGCUGCAUCUCGCUGUGAAAGAAUCUUGAUGCUUUUACGAUUCAACCUGUUAUCUCAUUAGACUGCCUCCCAGCGUGAGAAUCCCUCUCCUCCAACUUCAUCCUGCAUCAGGCCUGGGUGUGAAUUGGGAAUUUCUCUGAGCCAUCGCUUUGGAUUCACUCCAGCUGGUCUCGAGGCUCCAGAGCCCUUCUGGACAGGCUGAUACCCCCUGAGAGAGCCUGGAGAGGCUGGUGGCAGAUGAGGAGAUGGCAGGGGAUAGCACACACCACCCCACAUCCCUCGCCGUAACCCUGCACCAGAAGCACCCAUUCACCCCCACCAAAGUUUGGGGGUGACAGAAGAGGGCACCGACUGGACUGGAGAGGGUCUUGGGGACAUCUAAGCGGGGGCAUCACUGGGGGACAUCACUGAUAGGAUGGCGUGUCCCCGAGCAAAGCAGCGUGUCACAGCCUGUGCCGGCUGUGCUGGAAUCACUAGGAAAAGGCAGGAGGCUGGUGGCCACACCCUCACGCAGGUGCUGCUGGAGACAGAGACUCCUGGCAGGGCAGGGCUCAGCAUGGCACCGCACGGGUGUGACAGCAGCGGUGGCAGUGACAGCGGGGCCAGGGCAGUGAGUCACCCCCUCCGUGCCUCCCUCCACCCCUGGACUUUGCCUCCCGCGGGUGCUCGCGGCAAUAAAUCCCGGGCUCGGAGGCGGGAACGCGGCGUCAGGGAGGGCACGGGGGUCCCAUCCCAGGGGUGUGGGGGCUGAGCUGUGCAGGGGCAUCUGCACGGACAGUGCACGCGUGGGAUUGCCAUGGGCAGUGGGAUCAGGUGUGGCAUGAGGAUGAGAGCGCGCCAGAGGCAGCGGGCAGGAGUGCGAGGGAGCGUCACACGGGCAGGCAGGACAUGCAGGUGGCAGUGUGACGCUUGUGCGCCGCGAGGACCCGCCGGGAGAAGGUCACCUGUGAGCCGGGACACCUGUACGUGUGUCGCGACCGCUGUCACGGCCGCGGCCCCAGCCCGGCGGCGGGCGGGGUGACAGCCGCGCCCUGGGCCGGGCGGGUGCUGCCCGCGCCCCGUCCCCAUCCCCGCCUCCGCCGAGGCCACUCGGGCUCCGUGGCCCCACCGGACACCCCCAUGCAGCAGGAGCCGGGGGGGCAGAGCCCAGGAGCCCCCGAAACCGAGGUCAAGGCUGUCGUCGUGGGGGAUGGCGGCUGCGGGAAGACGUCACUGCUGCUGGCCUUCGCCAGGGGGGACUUCCCCAAGGUCUAUGUCCCCACCGUGUUCGAGAAGUAUACAGCAUGUCUCCAGGUUUCCGGCAAGCCCGUGAAGAUCCACCUGUGGGACACAGCAGGACAGGAAGACUACGACAGGCUUCGCCCUCUGUCCUACUCAGAUGCCAACGUUGUCCUCAUAUGCUUUGAUGUCACCGACUCCAACAGCUUCGAUAACAUCCUAACAAAGUGGUACCCGGAGGUGAACCACUUCUGCAAGGGGGUCCCGGUGCUGCUGGUGGGCUGCAAGACAGACCUGCGGCAGGACCAGGAGGUGCUGCAGAAGCUGAAGGACGGGCGGAUAGAGCCCGUCUCUCGCCAGCAGGGAGAGGCCAUGGCCCGGCAGGUCCGCGCCGUGUCCUACAUGGAAUGCUCGGCCAGGUACCAGGAUAACGUCGGGAACAUCUUUGAGACAGCCUGCAGUGCCGCCAUUAGUGCCGCCCGCCGGAGGCAGCGCAAGACGAGACCCAGGAGGGUCUGCGUGCUGCUCUGAGCCCCCCGGCUCGGCACAGCCCCCCGGGGAUCUCCUGCUGUCCCCAGGCUCCGACUGCACCGCGCCUGCUGCCGCGCCUCUGCCUCCACCACCAGAAUGCCGCUGCCACCCUCCCGGCCCGCAGCUGGCGCUGCUGGUCACCGUGGGGUGACAGCAGGAAAGCAUCGCAUGAAGAAACUGUCACGUCUGGAUCCCAGAGUCCUGUGUCUUUCCCAUUAGGAAUCCCAGCGUCCUGUCCCUGUCCCACCAGGAAUCCCAGCAUCCCAUCCCACCAUAUGCGCCAGCAUCCCCUGCCAGCCGGGCUCUGGGAGCAGAGAACUAAUUUGGGGGCUCCCCUUCCCGCUGGCAGGCCAGCGCCGGAGGGUGACACGGGGU